CUGCUGACCGACCUGUACCAGUUCACCAUGGCCUACGGCUACUGGCGCGCGGGGCGGCAGGGCGAGGCGGCCGAGUUCGAGCUCUUCUUCCGCCGCUGCCCCUUCCAGGGCGGCUUCGCCGUGGCCGCCGGGCUGGCCCAGGUGCUCGCCUUCCUGCGCGCCUUCCGCUUCGCCCCGACAGAUAUUGAGUAUCUGGAGUCAGUCCUUCCCAUUACCACGGAGAAAGCUUUCUUUGAUUACUUGCGUGUUGUGGAUGCAUCUGAAGUCUCCGUCUCAUCGGUACCAGAGGGCUCGGUGGUCUUCUCCAGGGUGCCGAUAUUGCAAGUCAAGGGCCCUUUGCUAGUGGUGCAGCUUGUAGAGACCACCUUGCUGUGUUUGGUGAACUACGCCAGUCUUGUUGCGACGAAUGCAGCCAGGUUCCGGCUCACUGCGGGCCCAGACAAGAAGCUCAUGGAGAUGGGCCUGCGUCGGGCCCAGGGGCCGGAUGGGGGCCUCUCUGCUUCCAAGUAUUCCUAUAUGGGUGGUUUCGACUUUACCAGCAACGUCUUAGCAGGGAAACUCUACGGGAUUCCUGUGCGGGGAACCGUGGCCCAUUCCUAUGUGUCUUCCUUCACCUCGCUGGCGGAGGUGAACCCACGGGUUCUGCAGCCCCUGUGUGGCGGGGAGCCGGUGGACUUCCCUUCCCGAGUGGAGGCUUGGCUCAGCAAGGUUUGCCAGUUGCUCCAAGCCCCCCUGGAGCGAGUGAACCGUGGGGAGCGGGCAGCCUUCGUGUCCUACGCCAUCACCUUCCCGCACAACUUCCAAGGCCUCGUGGACACCUACUGCGUCAUGAGAAGUGGCAUUCCAAACUUCUGCGCCGUAGCCCUGGCGCUGAACGAGCUGGGAUACCGCGCCAUUGGCGUACGCCUGGACAGCGGGGACCUGGCCCGGCAGUCGGUGGAAAUCCGGCAGGUGUUUCGGACCUGCAGUGCACACUUUCAGGUCCCCUGGUUUGAGCGCGUCCCCAUUGCGGUGAGCAACGAUGUGAGCGAAUGGAGCCUCGAGGAGUUGGUGCAGGAGGGAAAUGAAAUCGACAUGAUCGGCGUGGGGACUCACCUGGUGACAUGUCCAUUGCAGCCUUCCCUGGGCUGCGUCUACAAGCUGGUGAACGUCAACGGCUGCCCACGACUGAAGGUGACCGAAGACGAAGAGAAGACCACUAUUCCGGGAAGCAAAGUGGUUUACAGGCUCUGGGAUGACGCUGGAUUCCCGUGUAUGGACCUCAUGGCUCUGGAAGAAGAGUCUCCUCCAAAGGCCGGGAAGGAAGUCGAGUUCUGGCUGCUAGGAAGAACCAAGGAAACUGGAAAGAUUACUCCCACCGCUGUGGAAAUCCUACACCGUCUGUACCUCAAAGAUGGGCAGGUUUGUCAGGCCUUGCCCAGCCUCGAGGAGAUCAAGAAGCACGCCCAGGCCUCCUUGAGCAAGCUCAACCCUGCCCAUAAGAGGCUACAAGAUCCAGAGGCCUACCAGGUCACCGUGACGCAGAAGCUCCACGCACUUUUUACUGACCUUCAGCGAGAUAGCCAGUGA